AUGGCUGACAGAAAUGUCAGCGUGAUAACUGAAUUCAUCCUCCUGGGGAUGACUGAUGACCUUGAGCUGAGCACUGUCAUCUUCGCGCUGCUGCUCCUCAUCUAUCUCAUCACUGUGUUGGGCAGUGUUUGGAUUAUCACAGUCAUUUUGGCUAGUGCCCUGCUCCACUCCCCCAAGUAUUUUUUCCUUUGCCAGUUGGCCUUCUUGGAUUGCUGCUAUUCCUCGGUCUUUAUUCCUAAAAUGUUGGUGAACUACAUAGCCGGACAGAAAGUCAUCUCCUACUAUGGCUGCUUCCUUCAGUAUUCCUUUGUCAACAUGUUCCUGACCACUGAAUGCUUCCUCCUGGCUGCAAUGGCGUAUGAUCGGUAUGUGGCCAUUUGCCGACCACUUCACUAUAAAGGUCGCAUGAACCCCACAUUCUGCCUCGUCCUGGUCACUGCUUCCUACCUCCUAGGUUGCGCCAACUCCCUCACUCACCUGAGCGGCUUGCUCGGUCUGUCUUUCUGUGGGCCCAACAUCAUUAAUCAUUUUUUCUGUGAUAUCCCAUUACUUUUUCAACUUUCUUGUUCUGAUACCCAGUCCAACCAGAUUUUAUUUAUUGUCCUCUCUGGAAUGACAUCAGUGACCACCUUCCUGAUAGUGGUGUUUUCCUAUCUUGGAAUCCUUCUCACUGUCCUGAAGAUACAGUCUAGGAGGAGCAGAUUUAAAGCCACCUCCACCUGUGCUUCCCACCUGACCAUAGUGACUCUCUUCUACGGGACAGUGAUUUUUACUUACCUGGGAACCAGCUCUAGCUGCCCAUAUAAUACAGCCAAAAUCUUGUCAGUCUUUUACACCCUUUUGCUGCCAGUACUAAAUCUUGUGACCUAUGGUGUGAGAAACACAGAGGCCAAAGAAGCAAUGAGAAAAAUUAUUGUGAGAAGAAUAUUUGCUCAGUGA